AAUCUUCGCCCCAGUUACCGGCGCCAAAGGAUGUGGUGGUUUAUUCCUAUAACUUCCGUAGUUUGCUGAGGUGGUCUCCUGUUGAAGUGGAUAGAGGCUUGGUCUUAUAUACAGUCCAUUUUAAAACAGCGGCCUUUGACCACUGGGAUGAGAUGAACUGCACCCGCAUCGCCCGGACCGAAUGCACUUUCCCCCCCUUACUUAAGGAGCGGCGCUGGACUGUUGUUUUGCGUGUGAGGGCUGAGCUAGGGCAAGUGACUUCUGACUGGGUGGAAACGGAUCCCUUUGUGGCAGAGAGAAAUACUACUAUAGGGCCCCCUAAAGUGAACAGUGUGGUUGUAAGCUCUGACUCACUUCUCAUUAAUGUCACACCCCCCUUUGGACCUGAAGCAGGUGACUUUCUUCAGUAUCAUGUGUCCUACUGGGAGAACGCAACAAGUACUGCUAAAAGA